AUGCCUCAGAGCCCGGAGCCGGCUCUGGCUGCGCGUUCAAGCGGCGGCACCCGGCGACUCGCCAAGCGAACUGUUCGCACAACCGUGCUCUAUCUGCUUCCCUCUAAGUUCCAGAGGGAGAAGUUUCUCAACAGAAAGCAGGAGGCCAGCACUGGGGAGAGUUUUCUGCCCAGAAUUGGCCCAUGUGUAGACAGGAGUGAGACUCGUCAAAAGUUUCCUCAGGUGGUGAAGGUCUCCAUGGAGAGCAGCCCUUAUUUCCAGCUGGCCUGCCCCAGUGAUGUGUACCACAUCGUGCCACCGGGCGCCUCUGCCCCUGUGCGCAUCCGCUUCACCCCCGACGAGAACAAGAAUUAUUCCCAUGAGCUCACCUGCAUCACUGCCAAGGAGAAGAUAGUUGUGCCGAUUGAGGCCAUCGGUGCUCGAGCCAUCCUGGACUUCCCUGCCCAGGUGGAGUUCUCAGAGUGUCCGGUCAAGUACACAACCCAGAAGAUUCUGCUGGUUCGCAAUGUCGGUAACCGGACAGCUCAUUACCAGCUCAGCACCCAGAGACCUUUCUCCGUGGUGCCGACCUCAGGAAUUCUGGGCGCUGGUGACACCGCACAGGUGACAGUGACAUUUCACGCGCUGACCAACGGGGACCAUUUUGGGUCCCUAUGCUGCAACACAGAUGAAGAAAGUAUCCAGGUAAAGCUCCAUGGAGAUGCUGUAGAACUCGAUAUUGUGUUGAGCACAAAUUCCGUGGAUGCUGGCAAGACUUUCAUCACCAAGUCACACCAGACAACCGUGUUAAUCGAAAAUAGGAGUAACAUCACAGCACACUUCCAGUGGAAGGCUCUUCCUACUGAGGAAGAUGAGAACGAAGAGAAGAGGAGGCAGAGUCUUUUCCUGCACCCCUCAGAUGAGGACUGGCUGGAAAACUUCAUGGAGGAGAAAGAAGUAGAGAAGGAGCAGGGCUUUUGCGAAGAUCACACUACCCUCCUGAGAAGCAGGGUCCCGGAGAAAAAGGCAAAGGUGCAAGAAGAUCCCCUGCUCUUCUCCAGUGACAUUUUUUUCAUUGAGCCAAUGGAGGGAGAAAUUGGGCCCAACUCUUCGGCUGAAAUCAAGGUGACCUUCAAACCCAUGGAAGCAUUGGAGUAUGGAAGUGUGGCUUACUGCAGCAUCUCAGGCCGUGAGAUGAGGCUGCCCCUGCUCCUCAGAGGGGAAGGCCAAGGACCCUUGGUUGAAUUCAGCAUCCCUACACUGAACCUCGGGAAUGUUUUUGUCUACACCCCCUACGUCUAUGAGGUGGAACUGAUGAACCAAGGAGCUCUUGAUGCUCCCUUCACCUAUAUCCCUUCAACCACAGAGGUGGACUUCCAUUUCAAGAUUAAGCCCGAGCGGGGCAUCAUUCCAGCAGGUGGGACCCAGACUGUUCAGGUCUCCUUCCAUACCAACGUGUUGGGGUGGUUUGAGGAAGAAUUUCAAUUCAGUAUCACUGAAUCUCCUACACCUGUGAUCCUGACGGUCAGGGGCACCGUCACUGGACCGGAUUUAUACUUCGAUGUCCCUGACCUCGACUUCGGGGACGUCUCCUUUGGCUUUCCCUGCACCAAGAGCAUUUGCCUCACUAACAACUCCGUGGUGCCUGUGACAUUCAAGCUCCGCAUGUCAGAGGAUGGCAUGCAGCCGGCUGUGAGCAGCUUUGAUCAAAUACACAAAGAAGGUGACCCAUCCUGGGACAAGGGAAUUAAAUUCUGUAUGGAGCCAAGGGAGUUCACAAUGAAUCCCAGCCAAGGGACCAUCGUCCCCCAGGGACACCAGCAUAUUAAGGUGACCCUCUGUUCCAACACUGUGACGAGAUUCAAACGGAGAUUGCUGGUGGACCUGAAGGGUAUUGCUAAGGAAGUGGCAACGGUGUUCAUCAUAGCCAGAUGUGUUGUUCCUGAGCUGAAUGUGUUCCCCAUAAUCCUGCCGUACCGUGAGUGCCUCCUGAAGGUGCCAUAUGAGAGGAAGCUCUUUGUUACGAAUUCCACCAGCCUUCCUGGCUGCUACGGGCUUAUUCCCCAGAAACGUGAGGAGGACUCUCCUGUGCUCUACAGCAGCCCCAAGCCCUGUGGGAUUGUCCAGCCUUUCAGCACUGCAGAGAUCCCAGUUGUAAUCGAAGUGCAGACAGUGGGCGAGCAUCGCACCAACAUUCUCGUCGGCGUGUUUGGGGAUGCGAGACACCCACGGGGAGUAGAAUUACGGAGCACUGGAUGGCUGGAUGAAAUCUACCCAAGUCCAACUCUGUUAGAGUUUGGCAGGAUCCCAGCUCUACAACCCUCUUCAAAAAGCUUUACCAUCUUCAGUGAAUGUCUCGUCCCUGUAGCCUUCAGCGUAGACAUUCUUUCCAAAUCCUACUGCUUUGUUGUUGAACCCAGUGAAGGAGUGAUCCCUGCUAGGGGUGAGGUUCCUGUGACUGUCACAGCAACCCUGGAUGACACUGUGGGUUUUGAGGACUCUGUCCAGCUGUUCAUUAGGAACCGCCUUUGGAACACCGUCUAUCUCCAGGCUUUCGGCAUUGGCACCACAAUUGUCAUAGAUGAACCAUUCGCCCCAGAGCUCAACUUGGGAUACCAAUUCAGCCUGGUGCCCUGUAUUCGUCAGUUCAAAGUAACAAACAAGGGCCGCCGUUACCAUCAGCUCUUCUGGAGUGCAGAAUGCUACAGCCCACCUGAGGAGGAGGCCCAGAGUGUCUCAGGCCUCAGUAGCCCCAAGGCCAAGGGUGAUUCUCGGAGCCCCAAACGUGCCAGGCCUGUGUUUGGGCUGGAGCCACUAUCGAUGGACCUGCAUCCAGGCCAGUCUGAGGACAUGGUGCUGCGAGGCUUCUCCCGCAUCCCACAGGAGGUGCAGGAUUAUGUGUUCUGUGAUACUAUCAUUGGGACAGACCCCAAGAUGGAGAGGAUAAUAGAAACAAUCAUCACCUGUGAGUUUAUUCAUCCCUCUAUAGAAGUAUCAGCCAGAGAAUUCUCUUUCUAUGUGGAGAAGAAACCCAGUGAUGUCCUGAGGCUGCAGUACCAGCCUUUGUCUUUAAAAAACACCUGCCUGCUGCCACUGGACCUCAUGCUGGACUUGGAGCAGCCGUUCCAGGUCUGUGAUGAGGAGCAGCAGCCCCUCCCAGGUGGCCAGCCUGUGAGAGUGGAUGUAGGGGAGACCUGCCAUCUCUACAUCGUGUUUGACCCAGCUUAUGAACUGGAUUUUAAGAGCUGGAAAGAAGAGAAGGUUCUAAAGAUAGACAUGGUCAGGGGCCAUCCUUUUGUGGAGUGUAUCAGCCUUCAGGGAGAAGUGCACUUCCCAAAUCUCGAAAUGCAGCCCAGCUCCCUGGAGUUUGGCUGCAUCAGGAUUGGCACUGAAGAAGUGCGUUUCCUGGAGAUAACCAACUGCAGCCCACUGCCCGUCCAGUACCACUGGUCAUUCCAGUCCGACAGCGAGGUGACCAGGUUUAGAGAUGAGCUUUACCCACCUAAAUUCAAACCCCAACCACCAAAGGGGAAGGCAACCUAUUUGGAUCACCCAGCAUCUCGAUGGAGACACUGCAAGAUGAGAUAUGAGGAGACAGCCAGAAUGCUGAGCACAAUGCAGGAUUUUAACCAAUCUUUAAGAGACAAGGCUUUCAGUAUCCUGCCAGUGUCAGGUGUGCUGCAGCCAGGAGAGAGCCAGCAGGUCUCCUUCACCUUCUGUGGCCACCUCAACACCAUCUCCAAUGUCACGGCGCUGUGCCACGUGGAGGGAGGCCCCACCUACGAGGUGCUGGUGACUGGGGAGAUCUCACAUGUCAGCUACCUCGUGAGGCCCCAGGAGAUCAACUGUGGCUUACAGAUGUUUAAUGAAGUUCGUCACAGCAAUGUCACCCUGGUGAAUGGUGGCAAGAUUGAACUCAACUGGGUGCUAAACCCUAGCCCUGCAGAUAAGCAUGUGCCUGGUGUGUUUCUGGUCAACCCCACCACUGGUUCCCUUGCACCUGGCAAGAAGCGACUGCUGAAAUUCUCUUACAUGCCAGGAUUACCAGGAGCCUUCAGCAGGACUUACCAGCUUAAAGUGGGUGACCUGGAACCAGAGAACAUCUGUCUGAAAGGAGAAGCAUCCUUUCCCAUGAUCAGUCUGGACCUGCCCUGGAACAUCAGAGGAAAUGAAAAAUAUGAGAAGACACUGAAACGGCUCAUAAAACGCCGGCAAAUAUUUGAUCCCAGCUAUAAAUCAGUUGUUCUGAAGAAGCCCCAGAGCCCAAAGACUGAGACCUUGAAGACUCGGGACCUGCAGCCCAGCGUGAUUGCCUCUGGCACUGUAUCAGACACUCAGCUGCAGAUAGAGAUGAUGAGGAUGCUGAUAGAGAAACCUUUUGUAGAACUGCAGCAAAUUCUUCCAUCCCAUCCCCUGAAGAGCAGGUUCCCUGACAAGGAGCUGUGCCAGAGUCUUGUCAAAGUUGAGCUGCUCGAGUAUGUCCUGGACAUGGGCCCUGUCCUUAAGGGUUACACUGAGUCACACUCUCUGAAGAUCACCAACCCUGGGCAGAUCCAUGUAUCCUUCCAGGUCGAUGUAUCUGUCCUGCAGGACACAGGUUUCAGCGUGGGCCUGGACCAGAUGAUUUGCCUGCCCCCCAACAACAGCGUGGACUUUGACGUGCGCUUUGAAAGUGCCCACAAGCCGUAUGGUGACGUGGAAGUGGUGCUGCCCAUAGAGGUGACAGAAGGCCCUAUGUACAGCAUCCGCAUCCGUGCCACUGUGUUGGAACUGUCACUCACCCUCUCCAAGAACAGACUGCAGUUCUCUGACAUCCUUGUUGGGGACUGCCAGGUUGAGACCAUCCGACUCUUCAACUGGUUCCGAGUACCCUGCAAAUGGUUCAUUGCUUCCAACAAGCCUGCUCUGAGGAACAAUCAGCACGAGCCUUGUCCCUUUGACGUGACGCCCUCCAAAGGAACCCUUGAUCCAGGAAAGUGGCAGAACUUGCAUAUCCAGUUUACACCUGAGGAGGAGAGGUCUUACAAGAAUGAGCUGGAGCUUAUCAUUUGUGGGAGCAGCAAUCGCUUAAAGCUGCACCUCUCAGGACAAGGUCUUGAGCCACGGUUGGAGUUCAGGCCCCCAGCACUAAAGAUGGGAUGGAUGCUGGUGGACAGCAAUGGGGUGGAGGCCACAGUGGUGGUGAAGAACCCAUGCAACUUCCCCAUUGAGUUUUAUUCCCUGGAUUUUGAUGAGCAGUACCUUGAGGAGGAGAAGAUCCUGCGGAUGGCAGUGGGGUCUGAGUACCAAAAGAGCUUUUUUCUGCCUCCACGUGCCGUGGGUGAGACACUGCCUCCAGAGGUGCUGCAGAAUCAUGGAGCACAGUGGAGGCCAAAGGCUCAAGAGGCAGAGCCCAAGGCCAGGGCUGAGGCUGAGGCCAAGGCCAUGGGCAAGGCAGCAGCAGCACGUCACAGAGCUGUCCCAUUCUGUCCCGAGUCCAUGGUGAAAGAGGCUGGGAAUCCUGUCUGUCGGGCUGUCCUGCACCACCUGGGCAUUGACCCGGACUCAGGGAGUUGCGAGGCGCAGCCCCACCAAGGAGGGAUGGUUGUCAUCAUCCAUGGGCCGCCCCGGGCAGGAAAGACAGAGAUAGCAGCAGGCCUGUGUCAGUAUUACGACGCUGCUUACGUGUCCAUCGACACCGUGGUGAAAGAGGCCAUGGCCAAGGACAGGAGCCCAGCGGGGCUCCGUGCCCGGGAGCUCUGCACCCAGGCUGCCCUGGAGCUGGAAGGCAAAGAUGAAGGUGAUGCUGAUAAAAAAUCUCAGACCAAGAAUAAACGAGCCUCUGGGGAAAAAAUCAAGAAUGUCAAAGAAAAGACCCCUCCAUCACAAAAGAAGGAGUCAGCCAGCAGACUUGGUAAACAUGACAUCAAGUUCACAGUUUCCACUGCUCCUGCGCCCCAGCAGCUGAGCAUCAUCAGCAGUCGUGGGGAAGAGCUGAACUGCUUGAGCUGUGUGCUGCCCGAGGAGCUGCUGGUGGACAUCCUCAGUGAGAGGCUGCAGCGUAAAGACUGCUCCAAGGGAGUGAUCUUUGAUGGCUUGGAGAGCCUCUUUGCAAGCAGCCUGGAAUCUUCCCUACUCUGCGUACUCAAAGCUGUCAAGAAUCGUUGUCAUAUCUUCAUGGUAAACCUGCAUGAGGAUUAUGAUUCUUGGAAAGCCAGGGAGGAAGCUGAAAGAAAAAGGAAGGAAGCUGAAACCGAGAAGGAAGCUCUGCAGAGGAAAGCAGAACAUAUCUUGCAAAUAGAUGAGGAUGAGUAUGAUGCUCUCCCUAAGGAGAAGAAAGCAGAAGUGGAUAAAAUAAUCCUGGAAAGGAAGCGCAUACGGAGGAAAAAGGAGCUGAAGCAGCUGGCUCAAAAGCUUCAGGAGGAGGCAAAAGCCUUAGAGAGGCAGAAGGAGGAAAAGAAGGGUGUCUCCGUGCAGAAGCAAUCUCCAAAACCAGCGAAGGAGGAAACCAGAUCACCCGAGGGGAAGGAAGCCCCAGAGAAGGGGGAAACCAAAGCCCCUGAGACCGGAGAAACCAAAGCCCCAGAGAAAUGGGAAACCAAAGCUGCAGGGAUGGGGGAAACUGAAAUCCCAGAGGACCCAGCUGAGAUGGAGAACUUGAUCCUGAGGUUUCAGAUUUAUGAUUCAUCGCAGCAGAAUGUUGCACAGGUUUUCUCCUGCUGGGACAGGUUUCAGGGUACCGUGCAGUUACCUGUGAUCCAAAAGGGAAAGUCUCCAGCUGAAAACAAAGGUCAGAAGACCAAUAAGCCUCAGGAGAAGGUGGAGAAGAAGCCUGAACAAAAAAGUGGAGACCAAAGAAGUCUUCAGUCAUCUCAGCUGGGGACGCGAAGCGAAGCUGCCGAAGGAGCAGUCAGAGACGAGCACAUUGGGGUGCCGUGCCUGGACAUUGAGGUCUCAGAUCCAAAGGCCAUGAUUGGGCAGAUCCUGAGGGAUGGGAAGCUGCCAAAGGAAGACCAGCUGCUGAAACAUCUGGGACUGCAUCCUGAUGGCCCCCCCCUUCCCCCUGCUGCUGUGCUCUCCAUAGUCGAGUACCCGGAGGAGAGGCUGGGCUCUGCAGAGCGUGUGGAGCCCUUCAGCAUUGUGGCACCAGAAGGUGCUGCUAUAGAAGAGGAUCUGCCCAAGGCCCCAGAUGUGAAGGGCAGUUCUUCCAAGGGCCAUCCAAAGACAGGUAAAGCAACCAGCAGAGACAGCUCUGCAAAGGAGAAGCAUAUCUCCACACAGAGAGCAGAAAGUCCCCGGGAUUCCUCUGCAACAGGAUCCAAAAGUACAGUGGGAAGUGCCUCAGUCCCCACAGAAUUCCUCAGGCUGAAACGGUACCGGUGGAUAGUGCCUGCCCACGGUGAGGUGGAACUGAAGGUCAACUUCUCCGCCAAAAAGCCAGGGAGGUUUGAGCAGACACUGAGGUUUGAGCUCGUGCAGUCAAAGCGCCUGUACGAGCUGCCCUGCUGUGGCACCGGCCUGUACCCCAGCAUCUGCCAGAACCCACGGGUGGUGUUUCCACAGUGCAGGAAAACCAUGAAGGAAGACGAAGUCAUCUUCAAGGAAUACGUUGAGAGCACAAAGCAAUUCCACUUUGGACCGCUGCUGUGUGGGAAAUCAAGAGAGUGGUACAAGGCCCUGAACUGUCCUGGCAACUCACAGCAUAUAACCAUCCUCAACAACUCCCCUAUGGACAUAGAGGUCCACUUCUCCUUUGAGAAUGAUGGGGAAGCAGAGACAUUCCUUCUGGACCCUCCCAGCCUAACCCUGAAACCAAAGGAGAAGCAGGAGCUGACCAUUUGGGCAUACCCCACUUCCCUUGGCUUCCUGGAAGACAAGCUCAUCUGCAGCAUUGAGAAGAACCCAGAGCCAGUGGUCUUCAGCCUGUGCUGCUAUGGGGUGCAUGUGAAGCUGGAGAUCAGCCCCCCAGAGCUCUCUUUUGACAAGCUGCUUCUGCACAGGACUGACAGCAGGACCUUGGUCCUGAAAAACAACAGCCUGCUGCCCAUGGCCUGGCAGCUCAAUGGGCUGGAUUACCUUGCUGAGAACUUCUCCUUGUCACAAGAUAAUGGCAUCCUUGAUCCCUCCUCAGAGUUGGAAGUGACAGUGCAUUUCAAGGCUGAGCAGAUUGGCAUAAUUGAGAAGAUCCUCCGACUAGAGGUUUCAGAUGCAGAAAACAUCUUGGGGAUUGUCCACACUGAAAACAUCAAAAUCUCUGCAGAGGUCUAUGAAGUUUCUCUGACCAUUGACUUCAUACCUGAAGGUCCAGAAGGAAACUUGGAAUUUGGAACCAUUAAUGUCAUGGAUAACGUGAAGAAAGUCCUAAGUUUAAACAACAAAGGGGUAUACAACAUUGAGUACAGGUUCAUGCUGAAGGGUGCAGGUCCCAGGAUGCGAGACGCGGCAUCCCACUUCACUGUUGCGCCUCAGUCGGGCGUGCUGAUUGCCUCCCAGCCUGCUGUGAAUGUUGAGAUGCUCUUCCACCCCACCAGUGAAAUGCUCCUCAAGAACAGACCCAUCCUGUACUGCCAGGUGACAGAUGCCAGAUUAGGUCGAGGAGGCCCGGUUGUGGCUGACAUCCCACUGAAGGUGUCGGCCAAAGCCGUGUACAGCAAGUACAGCAUUGAGCCUGCCUCACCCAUCAACUUUGGAGCCAUGAUCAAGGGCACCAAGAAGAGCCAGAUUGUGGUGCUGGAGAACAAAGGCAUGCUCCACUUCAAAUUCUGCAUCCGCCAACCACCCGAGGAUGCAUCUGCAUCAGAAAGGAAAAGCUCAAAGGAAGGGGAAUCUGCUCCAUUGGCUGCUAGGCUCUCACCAGCAAGGAAAUCGAGCUCCUUCACACAGAGUCACCUCAAUCUUGGCAUGUUCACGGUGUCCCCCUGCUCCGGCUCCAUCGGUCCGUGGGGCCAGCAGAAGAUCACAGUGGACUGCUUCGCAGGGCAGGAGGGGAAAUGUGAGGAGCAGCUCUACAUUGACAUCCCGGGCAGAGACCCCAAGGAGAAUCCCCUGGGCAUUCCCUUCACCCUGAUUGCCGAGUCCUGCCUCCCAGGACUUGCUGAGGAUGUGCUGUUAAUCUUCGAGGAGUACCCGAUCUGCAGCAGCACCGACCUCGACCGCAAGAUGCAGUCGGUGAAAGGCACGGGCCUGUUCGUCAGAGAUGAGAACAGGUUCAUCUUCAACAAGGUUCUGGUUGGCCAAGAGACAGAAGCUCAUUUCAGUAUCUACAGUGCAAGCAGCCUGCCGUGUGAUGUGGUCCUCUCCAUCAAACCCCUGCCUGGAGAGGAACAAAUCCCUAUCAACAACGUUUUCAAGCUGGAUCCAGUCAAGAUGUCCGUUCCUGGCUCAUCCUAUGCUGUUGCUACAGUGACCUUCACCCCGCCAGAUGACCAGAACUACAACUGCACCUUCAAGGCUUCCCUUGUCAUCCCCAAAGGCCCUGUGAAAAUUAAACCCCAAACCGUGACCUUCACCAUCAGUGGGAAGGCGCACGAGGCGCAGCUGACGGUCGUGUGCCCCAGCGCUCGCAGCAAGAGGGGAGCGGCCGUGCUGCGCUUCAAGAGGCGCCGCGUGGGGACAUCCCAGAAGCUGCCCCUGGUCGUCCGCAACGAUGGCAUCAUACCUCUCAAGUUUAUGUUAUGCCUGGAGCACGAGUAUGGAGCAUUCUUCUUGAAGGGCAGGGCCUCCACACUCGAAGUAUUCCGCACUGAAGAUGAGGACUCCAUCAUAAAUGGGAGCAAGCCCACAAAGCCUUUCUUCCGUCUGCAUCACGGGGAAUCAGCAGAGUUUGAUGUCAUUUUCAAACCCACCCUGGCUCAACGUCUGGAAGGGGAGAUUCGUCUGUUGUUGGCGGACGCCUGCUCUAACAAGAUCCUAGUAGAGCUGGUGGGUGAAGGCCACAGAGACAGAUUCUACUUCAGAGGACUAAAGGAAGACACAGAGGAAAGGGAUGCUAAGAGCAGCCUGAAUAAAGACAUCAUUGAUGCUAUCAGAGUGAAUCACAUGGACUUUGGGCACUGUCCUGUCGGGAAGUGCUGCCACAGGACCUUCUCCAUCAGGAACCGCACCCAGCACCAGUUCCUGCGCUUUGAGUGGGAGGCAGACGGCCCAUUCCACAUCUCCCCCAAGGUGGGACACCUCCGUCCUCGCCGUUCCAAGAAGAUCAGAGUGUCCUUCAAAUCAAAUGUCCCAGUCACCUACAGGAGGCACCUUGUGAAAUGUAAGGUGACCAAGAUCGAGUUUCAGCUGCCACCAAGGAAGGUUCCGGACUGGGAUGACCGAAACUGCAUUGUCACGUGGAAGAGUACCCCCACGAAAGACCCAGGAGACAAAUUCCAUAAAAUGCAGAAGAUGGUCGAGCCAGUCCCAGAAACGGAUCACAUUGAGGUGGAGGGUAGCAGCCAGGAGGCCGAGGUGUGCUUCAGUGCUUCUGUGGCCUACACCCAGCUGAAGACGAACACCAUCGUGGUUCAGUUCAAGGACACCUUGCCCUUCCAGACAAGGACAGCCACUUUCAGAAUUCACAACACAGGGAAGGUACCUCUGGAAUACUACUGGGAGGAACCUACAGCUAGUAAACCAGUGAAGAAGGGAUACUCAGUCGCUCUGAUGCGUCGGUUCCUCUCCUCUAAAAUUGUAAAGCAUCGCAGAAAGCUGCUGCGUCGUUACUGGCGGCGGCUGGCCCGUCCUCCUAAAGUGCGGCAGUGGCCUGACAAGAAGCAGCAGCAUUCCAAGUGGUGGCAGCAGCUGCAGGGUUCCAAGCAGCAGCAGCAGGAUUCCAAGCAGCAGCAGCAGGAUUCCAAGCAGCAGCAACCUUCUAAGCAGCAGCAGCUUUCUGAGAAGGAGCAGCUGGAUUCCAAGCAGAAGAAGAGUUCCAAGAAGCAGAGCCGCUCCAAGGAACAGCAGCAGCCCGAGCAGCAGCAGCCUGAGCAGCAGCAGCCCGAGGAGCAGCAGCCCGAGGAGCAGCAGCCCGAGCAGCCAGCCCCUUCCAAGAAGAAGAAAAAGACAAAGCAUGUCUCUCUGCAGCAUAGCAGUUCCUCCAUGGAAAUCUUCCCAGAUCUGACCGAUGAAACACCGGCAGCACUGUUCUCCAUCGACCCCUACCGCGGCACCCUCGCUCCUGGCCAGAUGCAGACCUUCCACGUGCGCUUCUCCCCGAAGGCUGUGGGCAGGUUUAAGACCAUCAUGGUGUGCAGGAUUCCUAAGCUGAGGCCAAGUCAGAAGAAGGUGCGGCUGAUUUUGAGAGGCAGGGCCCGGGACAAGAAGAAGAUGAGGUUUGGUAAACCCAAACGCUCGGCGUUACGGAAGGCAGAGGAGAGCCCGAAGCCCAAGAAGAGGGUGCACUGGAAACUGCCCCCGAGUGAGAGCGUUUGUGUCAGCUGGAGCCUCCACAGGAGCCAGCAGCACCGUGCCUUCUGCUGCUGGUGGUCUCCCACCCUUCACCAGAGACCUCCGCAGCUACCCUUCCAGUGA